GGGGACGCCCCCGCCCCCAGCCGGGGGGAUGGAUUCGCCCCCCUGCCCCAGAGGACCCUGGGAGUUCAGGAGGAUGCAGCCAUGCCCGCAGGGGGUCGAGACCCCCCAGGAAAGGUUGGCAGCGGGGGAAGCCGCGCAGGGCUGCCUGGAGGAGGACAAGGAGCACCUGCAGCUGAAAGACAUCAGGGAUGGAUUCAGCUCCACCUUUGAAAAAAUCGUGGAGUCCGAGCUCAUGAAGGGCACGUACUACAGCAGCCUGGACUCCCUGGACGUGCUCUCCCUCACCGACGAGACCGACAGCUGUGUCAGCUUCGAGGCGCCGCUCACCCCCCUCAUUCAGCAACGGGCCAAGGAAAGCCCAGAACUCGGGGACCAGAAACUGGGGGCCCAGCAGAACGCAGCCCUGGAGGCGGAUAAGGAAGAGCAGGCCGCCGCGAAGCCAGCCGAGGGCGAUUUGGGGAGCCCCCUGCGGCACUCGAUUACCAGCAGCCGGUCGGAGAACGUGCUCAGCCGGUUAUCCUUGAAAAACAUCCCCAACGGGUUCCACGUCGAGGGAGCGGAGGAAGACGCCUCGAAGCUGAUUAGCUCCAUCAGUGACGCCAGCUUAAAAGACGCCCUUUCCGACUCAGACUCCGACCUGGGCAGCACGGAACAGCUCGACCAUGGCAGCACGGACACCUUAGCAAACGGCUGCAGGGCAGACAGCGCCGCCGCCAAGCGCCUAGCCAAGCGCCUCUAUCAGCUGGAAGGGUUCAAGCGCUGCGAUGUGGCGCGCCAGCUCGGGAAAAACAACGAAUUCAGCAAGCUGGUCGCGGAAGAAUAUCUCCGCUUCUUCGACUUCACUGGGCUGAGCCUGGACAAAGCGCUCAGAACCUUCCUGAGGGCGUUCCCUCUGAUGGGAGAGACCCAGGAGCGGGAGCGGGUGCUGAUCCACUUCUCCCGGAGAUACUGCCAGUGCAACCCGGAAGAGAGCACUUCCGAAGACGGGAUUCACACGCUGACCUGUGCCCUGAUGCUGCUGAACACGGAUCUCCACGGCCAUAACAUUGGAAAGAAGAUGUCGGGCCAACAGUUUAUAGCAAACCUGGACGGCUUAAAUGACGGGAAGGACUUUGCAAAGGAUCUGCUGAAGACGCUGUACAACUCCAUCAAGAACGAGAAGCUGGAGUGGGCCAUUGACGAGGACGAGCUGAGGAAAUCGCUCUCGGAACUUGUGGACGACAAACUGGGAGCCAGCGCCAAGAAGGUGACGAGAAUCGUAGACGGCAGCAAUCCCUUCCUGGACCUGCCGCAGGCGCUGAACGCGGUCACCUACAAGCACGGCGUCCUCACCCGGAAAACCCACGCCGACACGGACGGGAAGAGAACCCCGAGAGGCAGAAGAGGAUGGAAGAAAUUUUACGCUGUGCUGAAAGGGACCAUCCUGUAUUUGCAAAAGGACGAAUAUAAACCCGACAAAGACCUGUCGGAAGUGGAUCUGAAAAACGCCAUCCGGGUCCACCACGCCUUAGCCACCAGAGCCUCCGACUACAGCAAGAAGGCCAACGUGCUCAAGCUGAAGACGGCCGACUGGAGAGUUUUUCUCUUCCAAGCUCCAAGCAAGGAAGAAAUGCUGUCCUGGAUACUGAGAAUAAACCUCGUCGCCGCCAUUUUCUCUGCCCCCGCCUUCCCGGCUGCCAUCUGCUCCAUGAAGAAAUUCUGCCGUCCCCUCUUGCCGUCCUCAGUGACUAAGCUGUGCCAGGAGGACCAGCUGAGGUCCCAUGAAAGCAAGAUGAGGCAGAUUGCGGACGAAUUAACGGAGCACAAGCUGCAUCCUGUGGAGAGAAGCCUCAAGUCGAAAGAGGCUGAAGAAUACAAGCUGAAGGAGCAUUAUCUAACAUUCGAGAAGAGCCGCUACGAGACGUAUAUUAACCUGCUGUGCGUGAAGAUCAAAGUGGGGACGGACGACCUGGAGAAGAUCGAAGCCAGCCUUUUCCUGGUGGAAGCUGACGACGUCUCCUUGCGGAAGACACAUUCCAGCCCUUCCCUGAGCCAAGGACACCCGUGCUUGCCCGGCAAAGGGGAAAAGGACGCUAGAGCGCAGAACACUUAACAGGUCACUCUGGUGCGGGAGACACCAGUCGGCGAGGCUCGGAACUCCUUGACUAGAUCGAUGAGCACAAUUCUACCUAGGAAACCACGCGAACAAAACCGGUAGCCGUACGCGCCGUGGAGACGGAUCCAGCGAACGAAAUCGAAGAAGCUUUAGUUCACUCGUGGCUGAUUCCCCCACCCCCACCCCGUGCCCUGACAUUUCAGCGUCAUUGACUGUUUCCUCCUCACGUCUGUCUCCCCAUCAGUGUUUCUUUCCCUCCUGCUCCCUGUGUGCGUGCAAUAAAGGGACCCGUUCUUUGUA